CCAUCCACCUUCCCUUUUUUACCACCAUACUUCACGUUGAUCCUUUCAGUCAGCGAGAAGCUUCAAGUUAUACAACCCAUAGGGUUAGUAGCCACGAUCAAUAUGUUGUGCAAUAAGGUACAUCCGACUUCUGAAUGACUUUUUCUCUUGUUUCUUACUCGUUGAAUGUUUAACAGAACUUAUCCCUUCAUUCUGUUAAAACCCUAAUUUUUUUAUUGGGUUUUGGAGUAUCUAUUGUCAUAGACUGUAAAGGGAUUCGUGGAGCUUGUGAAACUGUUAAUGGUGUCUGUAGGGAUAUGAAUUAUGUUCGUUAGAAAUUGAAUAUCUUGUGAAAACCCGAAUUUUUUGUAGAACCCACCAGGGAAGGGUUUUUUUCUUAUCGAGUUGGUAUGUAUGGAUCCAAGAUAUGAGAAAACUUUUAGUUCUGAGGAUGGAUAUGGAGAUGGAAAUGGAAAUGGGAUUCAAUUUGGGCAAGGAAUUAUGCCUGUUAUUCAGGAUAAUGUGAAUCUAAAUACUGAUCCUAUACUUGAAAAUACUUUUUCGAUUUAUGAUCCGGUGAAUGAAGGUAGUAGUGGGUAUCAAAGUUCUAUAUACAAUCAAAGCUAUAGAGGUUUAAAAUUUCCUCAUUUGAACAAUCCUCCUGUACCUGUUGUGGGUUCAAUUCCAGAGGAUGAUUAUCUUCAUGAAGAUUGUGAUUUUUCAGAUGCAAUUUUGGGAUAUAUUAGUAAGGUGCUUAUGGAAGAAGACAUAGAGGACAGGUCUUGUAUGCAUCAAGAGUCUUUAGAUCUUCAAGCUGCAGAGAAGCCCUUUUAUGAUGUUCUUGGCAAGAAAUACCCUCCAUCCCCAUGGCCAUCACAUUCCUCUGAAGGAGUUUUGACCUCUGUUGACCAUUCUAGAGAGAGCCUAGAUGAUUUUCCCUCUUUAGCUCAUAACACUUAUGUUGGUAGUUUCAGUAGUUGUAGUGGCUAUUCACAUGAUGCUUCAAAUCUACAAAACGUUGGAGCUCUGAACGUAUCGUAUGCUUCAUCUGGAUCAUCAAACAACACAAAUUAUGUCACUGAUGGAGGGUUGGAUGAUCUUUGUAACGAGAAUCAAAUGAUGUGGCAGUUUAGAAAGGGUGUCGAAGAAGCAAACAAGUUCCUUCCGAGUGGCAACAGUUUCUUAGUUUCUUCCAACGCAGGUGGGUUCUUACCUCAAGAUAAUAAUCUGGGCAAUGUUGAGGGGAUAAUCUCGUCAAAUUCAAGGGUAAGAAAGAAUUCUGAUGGAGAUGAUAUAGCUGAAGUAGAAAAACAAGAAAGGAGUAUUAAGCAGGCGGCGAUUUUCCCAGAUCCAACGUUGAGGUCUGAAGAGAUGGAUUUGAUCUUCCUUUCUAGUUUGGGACGAGGUAAGGAUGCUUUAAACUCGUUUCGUGACACCUUACGCCAAGAAACAAGAAAGGAUACACAAAAAGAUAAAGAAGAGAUAAGUUUAAGUAAAGGGAAAGGGAGAGGGAGAGGCAAAGGCAAAGGACGUGGUAGGAAACAAAACCGAAAAAAAGAGGUGAUAGAUUUGAGAACCCUUUUAAUUACUUGCGCACAGGCUGUUGCAGCUGAUGAUCGGAUGACAGCGAAUGAACUUUUGAAAGAAAUCAGGCAGCAUGCUUCUCCUUUUGGUGACGGGGCUCAGAGGUUAGCUCACUGCUUCGCUAAUGGUCUUGAGGCACGUUUGGCUGGCACCGGUAGCCAGAUUCAUAAAGCGUUGGUCAGCAAGAAAACGUGUGCGGCUGACUAUAUCAAAGCUUAUCAUCUGUAUAUUGCAUCUUCCCCUUUCAGGAAGAUUUCGAAUUUUGCUUCAAACAGGACAAUUAGGGAGAAAUCAGAGAAUGCCACGAGGAUACACAUAGUUGAUUUUGGUAUUCUUUAUGGCUUUCAAUGGCCCACUUUGAUUCAACGUAUUUCAGAUAGAAAGAAUGGGCCGCCAAGGCUUCGGAUAACUGGAAUCGACUUUCCUCAACCUGGGUUUCGGCCAGCACAAAGAAUUGAAGAGACUGGUCGUCGGUUGGAGGAAUAUGCUCGCCAUUUUAAUGUGCCAUUUGAGUAUAUUUCCAUUGCUAAAAGAUGGGAAAAUGUUAAAGUUGAGGAUCUUAUGCUUGAUGAAGGUGAGUUUCUAGUUGUUAACUGUAUGUAUCGAUCAAAAAACUUGCUUGACGAGACUGUGGUGGUGGACAGCGCCAGAAAUAUCGUUCUAAACCUGAUAAAGAAGAUUAAUCCGGAUAUUUUCAUCCAUGGAAUUCUGAACGGAUCUUACAACGCCCCAUUUUUCCUCACCCGAUUCCGCGAGGCUCUAUUUCAUUUCUCAGCGUUAUUUGAUAUGCUGGAAACCAAUGUUCCCCGUGAGCGAGCUGAGAGGAUGCUGCUCGAGAGAGAAAUCUUUGGAAGAGAAGCGUUGAAUGUUAUAGCCUGUGAGGGAUGGGAAAGGAGCGAAAGACCAGAGACAUACAAACAAUGGCAUGCUCGCAAUCUGAGGGUAGGGUUAGUUCCAGUACCAUUAUCUAGGUUUAUCAUCAAAGUGGCAGGGAAGAAAGUGAAUUUAUAUCACAAAGAUUUCUUGAUAGACGAAGAUAAUCAUUGGCUUCUGCAGGGAUGGAAAGGAAGAAUCAUUUAUGCCAUUUCUUGUUGGAGACCUGCUUAAAUAGCAAGAUAAUUUCAGG